AUGGCGCUCCUGAAGCUACUGUCGUUGUCGCUGGUCAUGGCGAUUGCAUCGUUCCUAGCGGGGAUACUGCCACUGACGCUGACGCUGUCGCAAACGCAACUGCGACUGAUCUCGACGGUGGGCAUGGGAGUUCUGGUUGGCACAUCCCUGAUUGUAAUAAUACCCGAGGGCGUCAAUGGACUGUACAGCAUGCCAGGUGCAUCGCAUGUGCACAAGAGAGGGAUGGCACAGCACGAAUCGCUCGAUGUGCGGCGGAUGCAGCAGCCAGAGCCAGUCUAUGCAGACGACUUGUAUGCGCGCGAAGCGAAGGAGAGGCCUGAUCCAUUCGCUCUCCCUGGACCUGUCAUACCAGGCGCGCUGUCCGACCCUCCCAAGACGCCUACAGAGCCCGGCGUCAUAAGCAUACUGGCUGACGAGAAAGCGAAGGACAGCAAGGGUGAGCACAAGGAGAAAGAUGAAGACAGCUCACCUCAUGCCUGGGUCGGAGUUGCGCUGAUCUCGGGGUUUCUCCUCAUGUACUUGAUUGAUAAGGUGCCACAAUACACGAAGCCGUCCAAGACUAAGACGCCAACACACCACAUCGCGCUGAACAACCUAGGCCGGAGAUUUAACCUGUCGACGUCGAACCAGCGCGAGGAGGAUUCGGAAGCGGAAGGAUUUCUAGCCUCGGACAAAGCUGUGGUGAAUCACCAGCGAGGAUUCGCGACGACUAUCGGUCUGGUCAUCCACGCGGCGGCCGACGGCAUUGCUUUGGGCGCAUCUUCGACGACAGCCACCAGGACCUGA